GCAUGAUUUGAACUUGUUCGUCGCUUCGUUUUCUAACCACUUACACAUUAUAACGUCCUGAUACAUGUCCAAGAGAAAGUGUAGCUCUCCAGCAAUUCUAAACGCAGAACUUGAAGCUGUCCGCGGGAAAGUCUCCCUUGAAGAGACAGAAGAGUCGUGGGACAAGAUCGAGCAGGGCAUUGUGCAACUCACCCAAUGUUGCAAUAAUGGCGGAUGCGACUUCGCCACGGAAAUGGUCGCCGGAAUACGCUCGCUUUCCAGACCAAUCAACCAUGCUAUGAAUUCGGAACGCAGUAGACUGUCGGGUUCUACCAUAGAACUUGUGAAUGCUCUAUUAGCGGGGUUAGGCCCCUCUUUUGAGCCCCUCGUCUCACUAUUUAUGCCAACUCUUCUCGGGCUUUGUGGCCGGACCAACAAGGUAUUCACCAGCCGGGCGAAGGCGUGCAUUCUCGCUGUGAUUGAAAAUACCCAAUUGCCUUCCAUUCUGCCGUAUCUUGCGGAGUCUUUAAAUCAAAAGUCAGCUUUUCUGCGUUCAGUGGCUGCAGAGGGCGUCCUCGCUUGCUUGAACUGCUUCAAUCCUCCUGAUAUUGAGAAAGAUACUCGUGCCCGUCUUAUCGAGGACGUCAUCAAGUUGACUGCCCGUGAUGCGAGCGCAGACGUCAGAAGAGCAGGAAAAAUGAUCUUUGAGGCAUAUAAAGCUCUUUUACCUGAUCGCGUGGAGAGUUUCAUUGCGCCCUUAACCCCUGUCAUCAAGAAGUACUUAGAUGUGCAAGGCACGGUUGCUUCGCGGUUGACUUCACAAGCACACUCUCGUGGUCCUGCACCGACAGGAAGAGUGACAUCAAGGCCGAUCGGGUCCCUCCAGGCUCAGAAGACGAGUUCUCAUUCUAGAACUACAUCCACACAGUCCGCUACUGUCGUUGGUGUUUCUGGAAAACAUGCAGAGAGACCAACACGUCCUCCUAGCUCUGAGCCCCCACAAGAGGUACCUGCCGCAAGGCUGCGUGUUGUGUCAAAUCGAGCGACCUCUAGUAGUGCAAUUGCAGGGCCAUCGGUGAGGGAAAUGUCUCGCCAAGGGGCACUCCGUCCCCCUCCGGAAACAGGCCCGUCGACCAUGCAGAGCACAAAUCGACGAGAAGACAUUCCACGUCCUCCAUUUCCCACCACGCAGGGCCCUCAGCGAAUAGGGACCGUGCUCAUGAAGUCGCACGACGAGAAACCUCGUGUUGUAGGAGGUGCCCGAAGAAUACUCAUUCCCGCAGCUCCCUUACCAGAAACUGAUGAUACCAUGACAACGCUUACGGUUUCAAAGAGCGGUCCUCCUUCAACCAAGCCAACUUCAGUUAGCUCACUCGCACAAACUCUCGUCUCGAAACGAGAUUCAAGGAACGACUCCGUAACCACAAUGGUUCACUCGACUGCCUUGACCCGUGCCGCACCGUCAGCGGCAACUGCUAACACCAGGCCAUCGUCCCGAACGGGACCACGGCCAAUAAUGAGGUCAGACCAUCCGACAAAAGCUACGAGCUCUCAGCUUAGCCGGUCAAGGCCACCAACCACGGAAGUCGAACAACAAACGUCGUCGCAGACUUCCCGCAAACAUGUUAUCGAAUCAAGUCGUUCCAGCCAGCAAGCUGUAGGCCAGAAAAAGCCAGUGUGGGGAGGACGGUCUUCGGGCAAAGCGUCCAAGCCCGCUGUCAAGGCCCUUUCGAUACGUCCUAAACCUGGCGUGGUGAAGAGUUCUGAUACUAGCAAACCCGUGCCGGAACAUGUACCAUUACCUCCCAGUCCCACUGUAUGUCCUACUGCAGUACCUCUGCCAUCUUCCCCAGCCUGUAGUCCCCGUCAGUCACCCCAGCUUGAGCUACCAGCGUCAGGAGAGCAAUCCGCACAAGUCACUGCCGCCGACCGACAUAUCACGGGAGAUGUUCGCCUUCCCUCCACCUUCAUUGAAACUACGCCUUCACGCAACGUUGGCUUUCAGGAGUCCCCCUCCAAAACACCUAUAACUGCCCUCCUUUCAUCUAUUCAACGUGGAUUCCUAUUUACGCCUUCAUCGCCGCUCUCACCUCCCCAAGCUUAUGUAACUCAAAUCAUUGCUCAGACAUACCGUCCGAACAGCCCGACGACUCACAAGGAUAUAGCCUGCGUCGGUGUCGUUCAGGACAGUGCGGCACGACAGGUAUUGGAGAUGAUGGAUGUCAACUAGAUCAUAUGAACUUUCGUAGUUAAUUGACUUUGGAUCAAUGAUAUAUCCAUAUACUAAAAGCACGGUGUGGAACUUUGGAAGCAUUAUCCGUAAUACAGAAGGAAAGGAACGACCGUGUC